AUCCAAACGGUUCCGACGGUCGAGGAGAGAGUAACCGAAAAGAGACACAACCCGGAUUUCAGAACAUGUCCCGCUUGCCCGUCAUGACGAGCAAGAGGGUUCUUACCAGCUCUGAAAACUCCCAGGACCUGGCACCUGCUCAGAAAAGGCUACGUAAAGACCAUGAGCUACAUAAACCACAUGUGGCGGCUACAGUUAUAGGAGACAAGCGGCCGGCUGUAACAGCAUCCAGGGCACCUAUUUCUAGACCCAUCAGAGGUGCAGGAGCUGCCACUGUGGCCAUGGCUCCUUCUAGAGGUGUUUCAAAACCACCUGUAGCAUCCACUGCACCAAGAGGAGCCAACGUCAAACAACCUGCUCCUACAAAAACAGCCGGCGGUACUGCAGCACCCCGACGGCAUGCGUGGGACUUGAAGGGCAAAGUCAGCGACAUGGAGGGCAAGAUCCGUAAUUACCAGACACGGGUCAAAUCUGUCAAUGAAGAAAACGAAACGCUGAAGGGCUCGAUGACGACGACUCGAACCAAAGUCGCCCAACUGGAGAAACAAGUAGAGACACAGAGGAGUCAGAUCAGCAAGUAUGAAGAAGAGCUGCAGGAAAUGUCCGGAGUCUGUAAGGAGCUGGAAAUAGUGUCGAGUGAGAAGAGCUUUCUUCAGAAGGAGCUCUCGAAUUUAGAAGGAAAAUACAAAGUGAUGGAGACCCUCCGAGACAGCCAAGAGACGGAGCUGCAGACUCUGAAGAUGAAACUGUCGGUGCAGGAGUCGACUAUGGCCCGCCUGCAGGCCACCCUCAGAGACACCGAGGAAGAGGUCCGUUCUCUGAAAGACACCGUGGCUCAGCAGACGGACGAGCUCCAUGCCGGGGAGAUGGAGCGCAGGCGUCUGCACAACACCAUCCAGGAGCUGAAGGGUAACAUACGGGUGUUUUGCAGAGUGCGCCCUCUAGUGGACGGAGGUCUCAGCCAACAUAUCCAACUUGCAGCGAGCGACAACAAGUCCAUAAUGUUGGCCAAAACGGAGGAGUCUCACACAGGCAAAACUGCAGACACUCACAAGAACUAUAACUUCAGUUUUGACCGGGUGUUUGGGCCCCAGGCGUCACAGGAGGAUAUCUUUGGAGAGAUCUCUCUGCUGGUGCAGUCGGCACUGGAUGGCUACAAUGUCUGCUGCUUUGCCUACGGUCAGACAGGAAGUGGAAAGACGUACACGAUGGAGGGGAAUGAGUUUGACGAGGCCAGGGGUGUCAUUCCCAGAGCCGUGCAGCAACUCUUCAGAGCCAGCGAGAAGCUGGGAGCGCAAGGCUGGGAGUUUAACUACACAGCAAGCUUUGUUGAAAUUUACAACGAGACCUUGCGAGACCUUCUGUACACCGGCAAGGCCAGCAAGAGACCGGAGCACGAUAUCCGAAAGACGGCCAGCAACGAGGUGACCGUCACCAACCUCACCUACGAGAAGGUCUACACCGAGGAUCAGGUUCUCGGUCUGAUCCUCCUGGCCCAGCAGAACCGCUCCACGGCCCAGACGGCCCAGAAUGACCGCUCGUCUCGCUCCCAUUCCGUCUUCCAGCUGAACAUCGAGGGAGUGAAUGCCGGCAGGGAUGUCAAAUGCAAAUCUUCCCUCUGCCUGGUGGACUUGGCCGGCAGUGAGCGCAUGGUGAAGAGCCAGUCCCAGGGUGAGCGUUUCAGGGAGAUGACGGCCAUCAACGGCUCCCUGUCCAACCUGGGCAUCGUCAUCAGCGCGCUGGCAAAUAAGGAGAGCCAUGUUCCGUACAGGAACUCCAAGCUGACCUACCUGCUUCAGGGCUGCUUGGGAGGGAACAGUAAAACCCUCAUGUUUGUGAACAUUUCCCCAGAGCCGGACAGCUUUGGGGAAACUCUCAAUUCCCUUCGUUUUGCCAGCAAGGUGAACGACUGCGUAAUUGGGACAGCAAGUUCCAACAAGAAGUAGAUUGAUCCUUUUUUAUUAUUUUUUUUCCUCUCCAAAAUUUUAAUUUUCGCAGCAUGAGUAUAAGCGUUUUUCAUCAAUAAAGCAUAGUGCAGUUUGGCACGCGCCGUAGUAUCUAGCAACAAGAACCAAAAUGUUUGUAUCUUCUCAGGGCCUCCAUUGUUCUACUAAUGCAGGCUUUUAAUAAUUCCUUAUUUCACCCUUCUCUGUGCAUUUUGGUAUAUGUACAUAUUUCAUCGUCAAAUUUGUAUCUUUUUUUUUAAUAAGUGUUCAAAAGAUUUGACUGAGUUGAUUCUCUGAUGUUGACAUUUAAUCAACAUAAUUCAUGUAACUAACAAGGAAAAGAACAACAGAUAUUUAGCCUUUUUCUUGUUGCUUCCACCUCAUGAUCCAUAUAAUUGCAAUAUAAUAGUGUCAUUACUUUUUUUUUAAUUUGGUUUGUUUGUAAAUACUUUGCUAAACCUGUAUGUUUAAAUUUUCCAUUUGCAAUGUCUGGUCCAAUGAGCUGUGAUAAUAAAGACAUUAAAUGGACUUUUAAUUUUUCCUCUGCCACUUGGUGAUUAUCACAGGACUCGAUGACAUCGCUGAAGGCUUCGCUUGUGAUUUUUGACAUUUCUAUCAAACGUGGAAUUCCUCAGUCUGCUUAAAAUAUGCAAAUAUUAGUUAUCAUAUAUGGAAAAAAAAAAGAUAAAAUGAAAGUGUUUGUUUUGUGAUGUUAAAGACUUGCCUAGUUCUUAUGUAAAGACCACGUGUUAUGUGACGGACAGAUGCCGGAGCAUUAACUCCACCUUCUCCAGUUUAAACUUCUACACCUCUAGAAAGUUGUGGUAGACUCCGCCCUCCUGAAUUGAUGAGGAAGUAGGACUAUUUAAGAUUUUAUUAAACUGGUAAAUUCCUGUGGGAAUAACUGACAACUCCUUGUAUGGACAUCAUGGGGUGUGUAAAUAGUUCAAAUUUUCAGGGUUUACAAAUGUGUUUUUUUUUUUUUUUUUUUUUGUCUAAUCAAGAUGUUUGUUUUUUUUUAAUUGCUUUUUUCAUAUAAAUCUGUGCUAGCAAUAAUU